CGCGAACAAGUGCGCUGCACCGCCGGCACCGGCUGGGGGCGAGCAGACUUGGAGCAGCCGCCGCCGCUGCAGCCGUUGCGAGCGCCGCUGCGGAGUUUAGAGGGCCCGGAGGUGGGAGACUUUCCCAUACGGUGGCUGAGAUGUCGUCCACUGCGGCUUUUUACCUUCUCUCCACCCUGGGAGGGUACUUGGUGACCUCAUUCCUGUUGCUCAAAUACCCGACUUUGCUGCACCAGAGAAAGAAGCAGCGAUUCCUCAGUAAACACAUCUCUCACCGCGGAGGUGCUGGAGAAAAUUUGGAGAAUACAAUGACAGCCUUUCAACAUGCAGUUACAAUUGGAACUGAUAUGCUGGAAUUAGACUGCCAUAUCACAAAAGAUGAACAAGUUGUUGUGUCACACGAUGAGAAUCUAAAGAGAUCAACUGGGAUCAAUGUAAACAUCUCCGAUCUCAAGUAUUGUGAACUCCCACCUUACCUUGGCAAACUGGAUGUCACAUUUCAAAGAGCAUGCCAAUGCGAAGGAAAAGAUAACCGAAUUCCAUUACUGAAAGAAGUUUUUGAGGCCUUCCCUAACACUCCCAUUAACAUCGAUAUCAAAGUCAACAACAGUGUGCUGAUUAAGAAGGUUUCAGAGUUGGUGAAGCAGUACAGACGAGAACACAUAACAGUGUGGGGUAAUGCCAGUUAUGAAAUUGUAGAAAAGUGCUACAAAGAGAAUUCAGAUAUUCCUGUACUCUUCAGUCUACAACGUGUUCUGCUCAUUCUUGGCCUGUUCUUCACUGGCCUCUUGCCCUUUGUGCCCAUUCGAGAACAGUUCUUUGAAAUCCCAAUGCCUUCCAUCAUAUUGAAGCUAAAAGAGCCACACACCAUGUCCAGAAGUCAAAAGUUUCUCAUCUGGCUUUCUGAUAUUUUACUAAUGAGAAAAGCUUUGUUUGACCACCUCACUGCCCGAGGCAUUCAGGUGUAUAUUUGGGUAUUAAAUGAAGAACAAGAAUACAAAAGAGCUUUUGAUUUGGGAGCAACUGGGGUGAUGACAGACUAUCCAACAAAGCUUAAGGAUUUUUUACACAAUUUUUCAGCAUAGAAAAGGAAGUACUCAGAAGCAUUCAAAGAAAACAUGAAAAGACCUAAGACAAAGAAUUUUCACUAUUAUUUUCCUAAACCGUUUCCAGAAUGGUAAAAGGUUUAAUCGAUUACGUUUUAUUACCUCAUUUUUAAGCCUGUCUGAGAAUGUAGAAACUACAAAUUGUAUAUUUAUUUUAAACAUUAUUGCAUAUUUUACAUUUGUAAAUAGUUUGUUUAGAAAGAUAACUGGUUAUAAGAUAUAAGUAGAAGAUUCUUGAUUAAGAUUUCUGUAUAUGAUUCUAUUAUUAUAAGUAAUUCUUCAAUCAAAGACUACUGGAUAAUUUGAUAUUAGCCUUUACUGGAAUAAGUCAACUAAUUAGUAAAACAAAAUUAUUGAAGGCCAUUACAGCUAUUCUGAGUUAUCUUGUUAUUUCUAGGUACAUCUUAGUCAAAAGGGAAAAAUACAAUGGAAGGAAAGCUUGGAAAUCAACGAUGUAGUUAUCUGACAAGUAGUACAUUAUUAAUAGAAGGCAGACUCAAAGAAAUAACUGAAAGUUCAUUACUUAAUCAGAAAUAAAAUCUGUAGACUGAAUUAGAUUUCUUGGUUGCUGUUGUUAAUGGGGACAUUCUAUUUGGAAUCUUCAGGUGUGUGACAAUGCUACCAUGUCUUUUUUCUUUUUUUUCUGUAAAUAUUAGAAUUGGGCUUAUCAAUUGUAAAUUAAGACAAGAUCCAAAUAGUCAUAUGUUUAUGUUUCCUGUAAAGAAAUGUAAAUUUUCCAUUUUGGUCAAUGACUAAGUGUUUGGGCCUAUAUGUAGAUUUUAAAUAACAUCUUGAGUCCUAAUAAUCAUAUGAAACUGAUAAAAGUACAUAUCAUUGUUUUUAAUACUUACAGUACAAACCACCUGUUCCUGACCUUUAAGAAUUUAUUCUCCUGAGUAUGAAACAGAAUUUCCCACACCAGUAGCCAUCACUUUCUCAGUUUUUCUGAUGUGACUUUAUGUAAAUCUGUUUGUACUCUUUUUGACUAAUUUUCGUGAUAUCUUUGGGAGGUAAAUAUAAUCUGGACUGAUAAGUGUCUUUCACCUAGAUCACAUCUCUCAUUUGGAGUUUGCCAGUUUACACCUAUGAAAGAUGACCGUACUCCCACCUGUCCCUGAAUGACAUAGUAACUUUUGCUUUUUUGUUUAAACUGAAAUAAAGUUUUCCAAGAACAAAA